UUGGGCGGCGCCCCUUCUAUCUCGCCACUUUCCUUUCCUAUAUAAUCCCCCUCUUCCCCCUUUCUCACUUCUCAACUGCACAUGCACUCCCCCUAAAAAGCAACCAUUUCUAUCCAUUUUUAGUUUACAAUAUUUUCUUCUAAAAAAAUGGCUAUCAAAGAGAAGCCAAAAACUUCCAAGGAUAUCAAUAACAACCCAGGCAUGGAAAUUCGCUACAGAGGUGUUCGUAAGCGGCCCUGGGGCCGCUACGCAGCCGAGAUCCGAGACCCGGGUAAGAAAACACGGGUUUGGCUCGGCACCUUCGACACGGCCGAAGAAGCUGCCCGAGCAUACGACACCGCUGCUCGUGAAUUCCGCGGGUGUAAGGCCAAAACCAAUUUUGCCUUUCCCUCCGACAAUCCUUUGGUGGCUACCGCUACAAUCACCGCCGCUAAUAAAAGCAAUACCCUCAUUGGUUCUGCCUUGUCGAGCGAUUCCAGCACCGUAGAAUCGUCCUCUCACGCGCCUCGAAUGCAUGUUGAUCUCACGCGCCACCACAUGUCUGUCGGUGCCGGAUACGGAGUCUUCCCGUUUUUUGUUCAACAGCCGCACGCGAUGGGAUUUCUACCCCACGCGCUUCCGGUUUUUUACCAAGAUCAUAUGAUUGCUAUGCAAGGCGCGUUGGAGUGUAGCUUAAGAGUUGGGGCCCAAAGUGAUUCGGACUCUUCGUCGGUGGUUGAGGAUAGUCAGCCCACAAGAGAAAUUAAUCUUGAUCUUAACUUGGCUCCUCCAAUGGAAGUUUAGAUUUUUGUUUUUUUUUUUUUUUUUCUUUUUCUGCUUUUAUUUUGAUGAUGAGGUAGAGUGAGAAAUACCGAAAAUAGAUCCUGGUGAUGUGAAUAAUUUACGCCAAUUUUAUUUUUUUUAAAGGAAAAAGAACCUUGUUGGAAUAGUAUAGAGGUAAUAUUAAUGUCUGCUACCAACAAAUGGUUUUGAUGGAAUCAUGGAAUGAAGUUCAAUUCCAGUGGAUUAUAAUAUGGUUAUUGACUUA